GUCACCUUUGUUUACAUUGUGCAAAAAUUUUAUAAAAUUGUUUACAAUUUCUUAUUCACAAUAAACUCGAUAAAAAUAGAUAUAACAAAUUUAAAAUGGAAUGUUUUAGUUUUACUACAUCUUGUCGGAUAUGUCUACAGAUAAAACCCACCAAUAAAAGUCUUUUUCAAUAUCGAAACGACUCACGUGAACCAACAAAUGUUAAACUAUCUCUAAUAACUGGAAUACAUGUCCCUGAGGAAGAAGAACAUGACAUUCCAGAGUAUCCAAAGUUUCUUUGCAAGGAAUGUGAAAGAUUACUCGAUAUGGCUUUCGAUUUGCGAAUCAAAGCACAAAAAUCCGACGAAAUUCUAAACAACUUUUACAAAGAAAUAGAAAGUAACUCACAGCCAGACAAGAGAAAACGGGUAAUAAAUUGUAAAAUACAGAGUUCAUCCAAGUCAAUUCCAUCGACACCGAUUUUAAAUUCUUCAUUUACCAUAGAGACUUCAAAACGUUCUCUAUUGAAUACUAAUCAAAACCACACCUUAAAGACAAAUCCUGAAACACCAGCGAUAAACGAAACCGAAUACACACUUAAAACCUAUCGUUCACCAUCUAAAGAAAAAGACACUGAAGAUCCUUUGUCAACGCAAAGAAUCGACUUUGAAGAUUCUAAUGAUAGCAUCUAUGAGGUACUGAGUGUUGAAGGUUCGGAAGGAAAUUGUGAUAUAAAAGACGAAAUUGUUGAAGAAGGUUUUGUAAAAAAUACAAUUCAAAUCGAAAAUGUAAAAUCACCACAAACAAAAAAAAUUUAUUCAAAUCCGGUUAUGGAAGCAUUUUCGAUCGAAAAGGUUCCACCAGAAAACAAAAUUGAUUUAUUAAAGAUUAAAACGGAAUGGGAAGAAGAAACUGAUGAUAGCGAGAAAAUCGACUCCAAAAUUGAAGAAAUCAGGGCUUGCAAUAAGAACAAAAACGACAACUCACAAGUACAUUUGAAGAGAGAAUAUAGUCAAGAAAUAAGCAAAACAGAAUUCAACUUAAAUGGAAUAAAAAAAGAAAAUUGCGAUAAUAUGGACUAUGUUUCAACAUCUGAAGCCAAUGAAAACAUAGAUUUCAAAGAUAAUUUUAUAAUUAAAAAGGAGCCGGACUUUGAAGUUGAACAAAACGGAGAAUUCAAAUUAACUCAAAGUUCAGAUGUCGAUGUAAAGAGAGUCAAACUAGAAGAUAUGAUCGAUAUGAACGACAUGGAAAUAGAUUUUGGAACUGGACUCUUGUUUGUUAAAGCAAAAAGUAAUGCACCGUCCGAUGUUAACUUAAACACAUGAAAUCAACUUCAAUUUGGAAUAUAUGAGAGAAAAACAAUAAAAAUAGGUUCUAUUUUUAUAGAAACAUUCCUUAGAUUAUUCGUAAUUUGUAUACUGAACUUCCAUUCCAUUUAGUAUUAAUUUUUCCAUAUAAAAGUUAGGUUUAAUUCAUUAUAUUUAUAUGUAAUUCUUAUAAAAAAAUAUAUUCCAUAAUUGUAUGUAGUCGAUUCUCUCAGGAAGAAAAAAAUAUAUUGGAACAGGAACUGACUAAUUAUCAUAAAUAAACAAAAAUAUAAAUUAACUCAUAAUUUAUUAAUACCGGUUGAUGCGGUCCAAGGGUCUUAUAAUUAGUGUUUAUUUUAAUGCAGCUCAUCAGUAAAAAUAAAAUGCACGACUGGGGUCGCACUUACUUGCUCUUAUGGUAAAAGUUAUUUUAUUGUUAAAGCUUUUUAUUAAACAAAAUUAGAGAAAAUUUGAUAUUUUUAAGGAAUUUCAUAAGUAUUGAAAAAAAAAAAAAUAAUGAAGCCCGUUUUUAUCAUUGACUAAACACCGUUUUAAGUGAUCUGUUAUACCAAACCAAGUAGGUAUGAUUUUUAGAAAAAAAAAAUUCGAAAAUCGUUGGAGCUGUUUUUU